GUGAUCACCUACUUUGCGGGCCGGGUAUACGACCCCAACGAGGAGGAGGCGGGCCGACUGUCCUUAGCCGGGGACUACAUCAAGGGGGACGCCUCCCUACUGAUCAGUGACCUCACCCUGGGCGACUCGGGUGAGUACAGCUGCAAGGUGAAGAACGGGGGAAAGUACCAAUGGAGCACGGUCAACCUCAUAGUACUGGGUAAGUCCUUGACCCGCAGUGUAUUUAUAUGAUUUUUCACACACUUUAAACAUAAACCCCAUCAAACAGGAACCAUCAAAACCAGUCACCACCACACAAGGUAAUAUAAAGAGCUCCACCCCUUGAUUAGUCAAACACAAACAGAAAAAACCCUCAGAGAAUUGGGUUCGGUUAGGCUAACCUCGAAUUCACUGCAAAACAGUAUCAUUUUUAUGCCACUUGAAAAGGGAUGCACUCGCACAUCUAGUACAGGUGGCCAUGGGCAUCUCUAGCCAGAGAUUCAAGAGAUGUUCACACCACCAAUAUUUCACUGUUGAAAUGUGUAACAUUGUUUUAAAUGCUUACUGUAUGUGGUGGAUAGCAAUUACAGAAGUGAUGCUGUCCCUUGUCCCUUCAUAUUGUCCUACUGGUCACACACUGGUUGAAUCAAUGUUGUUUCCAUGUCAUUAAAUUGACGUCUGUGCCCAGUGAGGUAGUUGACUGGCAAUGACCACACAAACACUGUUGGUGAGAUGUUUGAAUCACUACCUAACUAACCUGUUGGUGUCACUAAAGUAUAAGAUGGCAGUUACUUGUGACUUACUUGUAAAAGCGAAAACGAGCUCCAAAGGGUCGACCACUGCCACAUGUUGCUACCAAUCCAAAUCCUUAACUGUGCAUGAUAAUAAGAGAUAAAAUCAUAAUUAGCACCAGUAGUGGAAAACGUACCCAAUUGUCAUACUUGAGUAAAAGUAUAGAUACCUUAAUAAAAACUUACGCAAGUAAAAGUGAAAGUCCCCAGUAAAAUACUACUAAGUAUUUGGUUCUAAAUAUACUUAAGUAUCAAAAGUACAAAUAAAAAUCAUUUCAAAUUCCUUAUAUUAAGCAAAGCAGAUUGUAUCAUUUUCUUGUUUGAAAAAUGUACUGAUAGCCAGGGCUAGACUCCAACACUCAGACAUAAUUUACAAAAUAUGUAUUUGUGUUUAGUGAGUCCACCAGAUCAGAGGCAGUAGGGAUGACCAUGUGUUCUCUUGAUAAGUGCGUGAAUUUGUUGGGUGGCAUUGGAAGGUGGUUCUGACACAGGAACAAGAUGUAAGGCCCCCCGCCUUCUCCUCCUCACCCCCCUCCUCCUCAGCCCUCCUAAUUUCAUCCUGGGUAGAAUUUGCCCUACUCAGCAAAAUGAGGAGAAAACAGGGGAAGAGAGGUCCGUGAUAGAGAGCAGGAAGUGGGUGGUGGGGGCUCUCUAUAUUAUGUGUACGUGUGUUUGAUCAUGUUUGUUUGUUCAUAGGGAUAUCUGUUUUCAGCUGGCAAGAAUAAAUUUCUUUGAUAACAAUGUGGUUUUCUGCAGGAACGACAGUAGUUACAAAGUUCCAAAAAUACAACAAAACGGCUGGUCCAUGCUGGUUGUUCUAUCUAGUAGACCUCAGACUUGUUAGUGAUGCACCGGCCAACUUGGUUAUUAUUGCAUAUUUCAUAUUGGUAGAUGACUUUAUGCUGUAAGGACACAGUAAUGAAAGACAGAUAGUAAAUGCUCAUGGAAUGCAUUUAAUAAUAUAUUUAAUAAUAUCAAGGUAAAACACCUGGUAACAUUCAUAUUCUGUAAUCAAAUCAAAUUGUAUUUGUCACAUGCUUCAUGGACAACAGAUGUAGAUUUACAGUGAAAUGCUUACUUACAGGUUUUAUUUCAACAAUGCAGAGUCCAAGAUGAGAUAAAAAAAAAAUAAUAAUAAUAAUAUUGGCACAUUAAAAUAACUAGUAAAAAUAACAUGGCUAUAUACAGUUAGUAACAGUACUGAGUCGAUGUGCAGGGGUACGAGGUAAUUGAGGUAGCUUUGUAGCAGCAGCAUAUGUGGUGUGAAAGUGUGAGUGUGUGGCAUGAGUGUGUGUGUGUGUGUGUGUGAUUGUGUGUUUGUGUGUAUUAGUGCUGAGUGAUUAGUGCUUUUUGAUUAUGUAGAUUAUGUAGAUGGUAGUGACUGCCCAUGACUGCUUAUCACUUAUUAACCAUCAGUUACUCACAUUACUUUACUUUAAUAAAAUAUUUCAGUUCCAAAAGGGUUCUUUGGUUGUCCCCAUAGGAGAACCCUUUUGGUUCCAGGGAGAACACUCUGUGGAAAGAUUUCUACAUGAAACACGAAAAGGUUCUAACUGGAACCAAAAAUGGUUCUUCAAAGGGUUCUCCUAUGGGGACAGCGGAAGAACCCUUUUAGGUUCUAGAUAGCACCUUUUUUCUAAGAAUAUAGAACUAUAUAACCCUUAAUUAUAACAGCACUCACACCUUCUAAUCUACCAUCUAGUGUCUUGUAGUCCUUUUUAUACAGAACCUCAACCAUUACAUAAGAUCAUUGUUAGCUUCUCUUAGGUGGUAAAGUUGGAUUUAAGGUCAAGGCCUCGAAUAAAGAACAUUGUGGAUGAGAUUAUUUUAGACUGAGUGACUUGAUAUCUGAACCUGUAAUUGAUUGGAAGUACUUUGGUGUUGUGCAUGUGUGUAUGACUGUGUUUUAGGAGGUAAGACCUCUUAUCUCUUUCUGUCAUAGGAAAGUUACUUGUCAGCAGGGGUUGGAACUGGUACAGGGAACAGAACCAAAAACCGGAAAAUAACAAACAUUUUCCAGGAACAGAAUCAGAAACAGGAACGAAAGUGAUCUAUACUGUUCCAGAUUUUUUUUUCAUCCCACAAAAAAACAGGUCAAAUAAGCAAAGAGAAACGACAGUCCAUCAUUACUUUAAGACAUGAAGGUCAGAACUUUUAAAGUUUCUUCAAGUGCAGUCGCAAAAACCAUCAAGCGCUAUGAUGAAACUGGCUCUCAUGAGGACCGCCACAGGAAAGGAUGGCCCAGAGUUACUUCUGCUGCAGAGGAUAAGUUAAUUAGAAUAACUGCUCCUCAGAUUUCAGCCCAAAUAAAUGCUUCACAGAGUUCAAGUAACAGACACAUCUCAACAUCAACUGUUCAGAGGAGACUGCAAGAAUCAGGCCUUCAUGUUGGAAUUGCUGCAAAGAAACCACUACUAAAGGACACCAAUAAGAAGAAGAGACUUGCUUGGGCCAAGAAACACGAUCAAUGAACAUUAGACCGGUGGAAAUCUGUCUUUUAUUCUGAUGAGUCCAAAUUUGAGAUUUUUGGUUCCAACCGCUGUGUCUUUGUGAGAAGCAGAGUAGGUGAACGGAUGAUCUCUGCAUGUGUGGUUCCCACCGUGAAGCAUGGAGGAGGAGGUGGAAUUGUGUGGGGGUGCUUUGCUCGUGACAUUGUCUGUGAUUUAUUUAGAAUUUAAGGCACACUUAACCAGCAUAGCUACCACAGCAUUCUGCAGUGAUACGCCAUCCCAUCUGGUUUGGGCUAACCAGGAAUAACCAGUCACCAUUAUGGGAACUAAAAACAAUGGUUACAACGGGAGUCAUACCGCCUAGAUAGGGAGCCGCCAGGAGAUCUGUGGUCCGUGUUGGUGUAGGGGGUGCUGCCCACCUCCAUGGGUGAGGACUCGGAAGCAGGGCGGCUUCCAUAGCUCAGAUAGGAUGAGCGUUGAGGCUCCGGGAGGUGUUGGGAACGCCCUCUCUCUCUCUCAACAUGUCGUCAAGAUGGAUGGACGUGGUGAUGAGGGUAUCAAGGUCCAUCUCGUCGUCCCGACAUGCGAGUUCUGUCUUAAUGUCCUCCCGUAAGCCUCUCCUGAAGGCCGUGCGCAGAGCACGCUCAUUCCAGCCGGAAGACGGCGCCACCGUGCGAAAGCUCAGAGCGUACUCAGACGCGGGUCCCUCUCUCUGUUGUAGAUGGAAGAGACGCUCACCCCGUCCUUUCCCUCCAUGGGAUGAUCAAACACCGCCCUGAACCGAGCGAGGAAGGUGGGGUAGGGAAGCGCCACUGCCUCCUCUCCUUCCCAGACUGCGUGGCCCAAUCCAGCACCUUUCCUUUAAGUAGCGAAAUGACCAGCGCUAACCUGGCUUGGUCAGAUGGAUAUGCCCCAGGCUGACGCACCAGAUAAAGUGAAACCUGUAGCAGGAAGCCGUUACAUUUAGUAGUUUUACGGUCAUACCGCUCCGGUAGGGCGAGGGUUCCCGCAGAAGUGGGCGAUAGCACGGGAACAGGUGGAUUGGAUGCACUCGCCGCUCCCUGAGGUGGAACCGGAGCGCUGGGCAGAUUAUGCAGAGUUUGGAGCACUUCCUGCAUGGUGGCGUUCAACUGGGCAAGCUGCUGCUGGUGCUGGUCGAGUCACUGGGAAACUCCUGCUGCAUCCAUUUUUGUGAUGUGUGAUUCUGUGAUGAGUACUGAUAUACGAAGAGGCAGGACGCAGAUGCAGGAAUUAACAAGGUCAAGGUUUACUUAAUAAUGAGAAAGAGAAUACCAAAGAGAGAGUAAAUGACACAACGCUUAACAAUCACACACAACACAAUACAGAACAGUCCAGGGCUAAAUAGGGGUGGUGAUGAGAUGAUGAAGUGCAGGUGCACUGGAGGUAAUUAGGGUGCGUUGGGUUUCCAUUCCGGUGUUGCCGAGUGGUGCGCUCAGACCGGUGGCUCAGUAGACCGGCGAAUCAGAGCGCCGGAGGGGAGCAACGGGAGGAGACGUGACAGCUGUCAACAAGGCAAAGGGUGGCUAUUUGAUUUGAUAAAAUAUAUUUGAUAUGUUUAAAACUUUUUUGGUUACUACAUGAUUCCAUAUGUGUUAUUUCAUAGUUUUGAUGUCUUCACUAUUAUUCUACAAUGUAGAAAAUAUAGUAAAUAGUAAAAAUAAAGAAAAUCCCUUGAAUGAGUAGGUGUUCUAAAACUUUUGACCGGUAGUAUACAUCAAGCAAGUAUUUUUAUAUUCCACAAGUAUUAUCAGAUUAACAGUACUGUACAGAUAAUUGUUACAAAUGCUGGGAAACACUCAAAUACAUGUAGGUUUUUUUUUAUCACAAAAGCAGUGCACUGGGCCUUUACUAGUCCUGUAUUAGUGGACCGACACAGACAUCUUUAGUCCGGACAAAAAAAAAUCUGCAUCCCCCCCCUCAAAUAUCAACUGUAAUGAUGGGAGUGUAAAACUAUUGACUAUAAACAUGUGCUGUCUUCUGUUGAUUUAUACAGCUUGUGUCAUAAGGGAGAUCCAAGGCAGGUUGGAUAAAUUUGCAUACAGGAAGGGACCAGGAAAUCUGGUCACAAUAAGGACGCAGUGAGCAGAUAAGAGACAGAUUUUAUUACCAUAUGUAGACUCAACAAAUCUCAAUCAGACAGUGAUCGAAUCAUCUUGAUCAGAUGACGACAACCACAUGUUAAUGCAAGGUGUACCCACAGCUUUUGUAAAGAUGGGAGAGGAGGACACAGUGAGGAAAUCUUGUUAUAUAAUUUGAUCUAUCUUAUUGUACACUGCUCAAAAAAUAAAGGGAACACUAAAAUAACACAUCCUAGAUCUGAAUGAAUGAAAUAAUCUUAUUAAAUACUUUUUUCUUUACAUAGUUGAAUGUGCUGACAACAAAAUCACACAAAAAUUAUCAAUGGAAAUCAAAUUUAUCAACCCAUGGAGGUCUGGAUUUGGAGUCACCCUCAAAAUUAAAGUGGAAAACCACACUACAGGCUGAUCCAACUUUGAUGUAAUGUCCUUAAAACAAGUCAAAAUGAGGCUCAGUAGUGUGUGUGGCCUCCACGUGCCUGUAUGACCUCCCUACAACGCCUGGGCAUGCUCCUGAUGAGGUGGCGGAUGGUCUCCUGAGGGAUCUCCUUCCAGACCUGGACUAAAGCAUCCGCCAACUCCUGGACAGUCUGUGGUGCAACAUGGCGUUGGUGGAUGGAGCGAGACAUGAUGUCCCAGAUGUGCUCAAUUGGAUUCAGGUCUGGGGAACGGGCGGGCCAGUCCAUAGCAUCAAUGCCUUCCUCUUGCAGGAACUGCUGACACACUCCAGCCACAUGAGGUCUAGCAUUGUCUUGCAUUAGGAGGAACCCAGGGCCAACCGCACCAGCAUAUGGUCUCACAAGGGGUCUGAGGAUCUCAUCUCGGUACCUAAUGGCAGUCAGGCUACCUCUGGCGAGCACAUGGAGGGCUGUGCGGCCCCACAAAGAAAUGCCACCCCACACCAUGACUGACCCACCGCCAAACCGGUCAUGCUGGAGGAUGUUGCAGGCAGCAGAUCGUUCUCCACGGCGUCUCCAGACUCUGUCACGUCUGUCACGUGCUCAGUGUGAACCUGCUUUCAUCUGUGAAGAGCACAGGGCGCCAGUGGCGAAUUUGCCAAUCUUGGUGUUCUCUGGCAAAUGCCAAAUGUCCUGCACGGUGUUGGGCUGUAAGCCCAACCCCCAUCUGUGGACGUCGGGCCCUCAUACCACCCUCAUGGAGUCUGUUUCUGACCGUUUGAGCAGACACAUGCACAUUUGUGGCCUGCUGGAGGUCAUUUUGCAGGGCUCUGGCAGUGCUCCUCCUGCUCCUCCUUGCACAAAGGCGGAGGUAGCAGUCCUGCUGCUGGGUUGUUGCCCUCCUACGGCCUCCUCCACGUCUCCUGAUGUACUGGCCUGUCUCCUGGUAGCGCCUCCAUGCUCUGGACACUACGCUGACAGACACAGCAAACCUUCUUGCCACAGCUCGCAUUGAUGUGCCAUCCUGGAUGAGCUGCACUACCUGAGCCACUUGUGUGGGUUGUAGAUUCCGUCUCAUGCUACCACUAGAGUGAAAGCACCGCCAGCAUUCAAAAGUGACCAAAACAUCAGCCAGGAAGCAUAGGAACUGAGAAGUGGUCUGUGGUCACCAACUGCAAAACCAGUCCUUUAUUGGGGGUGUCUUGCUAAUUGCCUAUAAUUUCCACCUGUUGUCUAUUCCAUUUGCACAACAGCAUGUGAAAUGUAUUGUCAAUCAGUGUUGCUUCCUAAGUGGACAGUUUGAUUUCACAGAAGUGUGAUUGACUUGGAGUUACAUUGUGUUGUUUAAGUGUUCCCUUUAUUUUUUUGAGCAGUGUAGUUCCAUAUGUUGCUGAAUGGUACAAUACCAACAUGUGUAUAGCUUGUAAUGAGUUUGGUAAAAUACCAUCUCUUUAAUAUGAAACAUUUCUAAAGAUCAUUAUUGUGACGCCAUACUGAGGUCCUUGAGUUGUAAUGUGUCAAAGUCACAUCUUCUCACCUCGGAAAGUAUUCAGACCCCUUGACCUUUUCCACAUUUUGUUACGUUACAGCCUUAUUCUAAAAUGUAUGAUUUUUUUUCUUCUCAUCAAUACCCAAUAAUGACAAAUGUAUUACAAAAAAUAUAUAUAUAUAAUAUCAUAUUUACAUAAGUAUUCAGACCCUUUACUCAGUACUUUGUUGAAGUACCUAUGGCAGCGAUUACAGCCUCGAGUCUUUUUGGGUAUUACGCUACAAGCUUGGCACAACACCUGUAUUUGGUGUUGCAGAUCCUCUCAAACUCUGUCAGGUUGGAUGGGGAGCGUCCCUGUACAGGUCUGUCAGAGUGAGCAUCGGGUUCUUGGUCACCUCCCUGUCCAAAGCCCUUCUCCCCCGAUUGCUCAGUUUGGCCAGGCAGCCAGCUCUAGGAAGAGUCUUGGUGGUUCCAAACUUCUUCCAUUUAAGAAUGAUGGAGGCCACUGUGUUCUUGGGGACCUUCAAUGCCUUCAAUGUUUUGGUACCCUUCCGCAGAUCUGUGCCUCGACACAAUCCUGUCUUGGAGCUCUACGGACAAUUCCUUCGACCUCAGGGCUUGAUGUUUGCUCUGACAUGCACUGUCAACUGUGGGACAUUAUAUAGAAAGGUGUGUGCCUUUCCAAAUCAUGUCCAAUCAGCUGAAUUUACUACAGGUGCACUCCAAUCAAGUUGUAGAAACAUCUCAAGGAUGAUCAAUGGAAACAGGAUGCACCUGAGCCCAAUUUCGAGUCUCAUAGCAAAGGGUCUGAAUACUUAUUUAAAUAAGGAAUUUUAUUUUUUAUUUAUUUAUUUUUUUGCUAACAUUUCUAAAAUCCUGUUUUCGCUUUGUCAUUAUGGAGUAUUGUGUGUAGAUUGAUGUGAACAUUAUAUUAAUCCAUUUUAGAAUAAGGCUCUAACGUAACAAAAGGUGGGUAAAGGGAAGGGGUCUGAAUAGUUUCCGAAUGCACGAAUGCAUAUCUGUUUACUCUAGUGGAAGUUAAAAAGUGAUACAUGGUUGUAAUACAUAACCUGCAUCCUCCUCCUUCACUUCCUCCAGCUGGUUCUUAGUAAAUUGUAGUUCAGUCUUGGUGACAAAGCUCCACUUUCAGAUCAACCACCUUCUCUUACUGUUCUUCAGUCUGGCAUCCAUGGCUAGAAUGACAGACAGUCAUUUAAAAACGUACAGAAAUAAAUGCAAAUCCAAUAUUUAGAUGCUGAAUACAAGACAAACAAAUUUUACGAAAAAAGUAAACCUGACAAAGAUCCCAAUUGAACGUUGUUUGUGUGUAUUUCAAUAAACACUGUGGGAGCUUAUCAGAUAUAAGGACAUUAUUUUUCAUAGAAUGUCAUUCAAUCAGUCUAUUCACUUAAUGUAUAAUUCUUGGCUAAAAUACAUUACCUUUACUGUCUCUCUUCAGCUCCUCCACCUCUUUAUUGCUCUCUGUCAGUCCGUUCUCAAUGCUUGUUUCAGCUAAAUCCAGAUGUCAGGUUGGGUGGUGGUCUGUGGGUCAGUCAAGGGUGAAGUUUGGGUCUUGUCUUAAACGUUAAUCCCCCCCUCAACCAUGACAUAAGAUCACUGUUGGCUCCUCUUAGGUAGUACAGUUGGAAUUACAUCAAGGUCUCCAGACAACAACAUUUGUGGAUAAGAUAAUUUUUUACUGAGUUAUUUAAAAGGUAUGGCGUGGGAAAUACUGACCUGUUAUUUAUCUAAUUCAAAGUGUGUGUGUGGGUUGAGUAGAGAGAGAGAGAGAGAGAGAGAGAGAGAGAGAGAGAGAGAGCGAGAGAGGAGGGAGAGAGAGAGGAGAGAGAGAGAGACGAGAGAGAGAGAGAGAGAGAGAGAGAGAGAGAGAGAGACGAGAGAGAGAGAGAGAGAGAGAGAGAGGAGAGAGAGAGAGCGCGAUAGAGAGAGAGGAGAGAGAGAACGAGAGAGAGAGCGCGAGAGCGGACGCGCGAUACUAGGAGUAGAGAGAGACUAGAGAUAGUCUAUAUCUGCUCUCUCUCUCUCUCUCUCUCUCUCUCUCUUCUCUCUCUCUCUCUCUCUCUUUAUCUUCUCUCCUCUCUCUCUCUCUCUCUCUCUCUCUCUCUCCCCAGUGAAGCCCUCUAAGCCACGAUGUUGGAUGGAGGGCAGGCUGUUGGAGGGUAGUGACGUUAAGAUGAGCUGUAAGUCUACAGACGGCUCUGACCCCAUCAACUACAAAUGGGAGAGGGUGCUGGACAAGGGCAAGUAUGUAGGGAAGCUGCCCCCACUGGCCCUCAUAGGUAAGCCCUCAGAAUGCCAGACCAAUUUCAAAUCAGAUCUACCACCUCCAGUGUCCUUAUUUGUGUCCAGUCAUGUUAGUGACAAGUGUUGGGAGAGUCACUACUCCCAUGCAGACUUGACCAAGUUCUUAUUCAAUAACAAUCCCUUAUCUACAUGUACAGCGCCUUCGGAAAGUAUUCAGACCCCUUUACUUUUUCCACAUUUUGUUAGGUUACAGCCUUAUUCUAAAAUUGAUUAAAUUGUUUUUUUCCCUCAUCAAUCUACACACAAUACCCCAUAAUGACAAAGCAAAAAACUGAAAUGUCUACAUAAGUAUUCAACCCUUUACUCAGUACUUUAUUGAAGCACCUUUGGCAGCGAUUACAGCCUCGAGUCUUCUUGGGUAUGACGCUACAAACUUGGCACACCUGUAUUUGGGGAGUUUCUCCCAUUCUUCUCUGCAGAUCCUCUCAAGCUCUGUCAGGUUGGAUGGGGAGCUUUGCUGCACAGCUAUUUUCAGGUCACUCCAGAGAUGUUCGAUCAGGUUCAAGUCCGGGCUCUGGCUGGGUCACUCAAGGACAUUCAGAGACUUGUCCCAAAGCCACUCCUGCGUUGUCUUGGCUGUGUGCUUAGGGUCGUUGUCCUGUUGGAUUGAGAACCUUCGCCCCCAGUCUGAGGUCCUGAGCGCUCUGGAGCAGGUUUUCAUCAAGGAUCUCUCUGUUCUUUGCACCGUUCAUGUUUGCCUCGAUCCUGACCCAUUCCUUGCCGCUGAAAAACAUCCCCACAGCAUGAUGCUGCCACCACCAUGCUUCACUGUAGGGAUGGUGCCAGGUUUCCUCCAGACGUGACGCUUGGCAUUCAGGCCAAAGAGUUCAAUCUUGGUUUCAUCAGACCAGAGAAUCUUGUUUCUCGUGGUCUGAGAGUCUUUAGGUGCCUUUUGGCAAACUCCAAGCGGGCUGUCAUGUGCCUUUUACUGAGGAGUGGCUUCCGUCUGGCCCCUCUACCAUAAAGGCCUGAUUGGUGGAGUGCUCCAGAGAUGGUUGUCCUUCUGGAAGGUUCUCCCAUCUCCACAGAAGAACUAGAGCUCUGUCGGAGUGACCAUCAGGUUCUUGGUCACCUCCCUGACCAAGGCCCUUCUCCCCCGAUUGCUCAGUUUGGCCGGGCGGCCAGCUCUAGGAAGAGUCUUGGUGGUUCCAAACUUCUUCCAUUUAAGAAUAAUGGAGGCCACUGUUUUUGCUUUGUCAUUAUGGGGUAUUGUGUGUAGAUUGCUGAGGAUUUAUAUUCAUUUAAUCCAUUUUAGAAUAAGGCUGUAACGUAACAAAAUGUGGAAAAAGUCAUGGGGUCUGAAUUCUUUCCGAAGGCACUGUACCUAUUCUGGGAAAUUGGCCACAGUCACAUCUGUUACAGCAAAGGUCUGAGUUGUCCAAUCCCAAAUCAAACACCAGCCCCUAUGCCUUGUUUUUUUGUGUACUGUAGAUCUUCUAGGAUUGGAUAGUUUAGGCAAUAUGGCAAAAACUCAGAAUCAGAGGGUAAGUUACAGCUAUAAUGCAAUGCUGCAGAUACUUAUUGAAUCCUAUUAGAUCUACAAAAGUGCAAGGGGGCUAGCGGUUGGUUUGGAAUUGGGCCAAUGAUCAUUGGUCCAAAAAGCAGUAGUCUAUAUCAGGAACAGGGAACCGUACUAUUCAUCACACAUCCACAGAAACAUUAUGAAAGUGACCUUGCAGGAACAUGCAGUAGAGACACCAAUUUGGAUGGUCACUCUGAAUUAGUUGACCUUUAUACAUUUACAUUCUUAACUAUCACAAUUUUUCUUAAACCAUCUCAUUUUAUGAAUUCGGUGGUUGUUCAAACACUCUCCAAAUAACCAUCCCCUGCAAUGGUGUUUCUGGAUGUGAUAGUUGAGAAAAGCUUUAAAUUGCAUCACAAUCACUGUACCUUGUCCUGUUGUUUUUUCUUGUGAAAGAUUUGAAGAACUCAGAGAAAGUGACACUGAGGAACCUGACCAAGGAGAGUGCUGGGGUGUAUAAAUGUACUGCCAGCAACGAUGUGGGAGAGGAGAGUUGCACCGUAGAGGUCAAGAUGCACUGUGAGUAUCCCAGGCUAUAACCAACACACACACACACACACACACACACACACUGCCUCAUAUUAUAACCCCAUAAAUGUUACCAAAAAUGGUCUGUAAGACUUCAAAACAGUAAUAGCUAUCACUUUCUCCCAACCUGUGAAUCAUCUUUAUCUUUGUGUGCAUUUCAGAUGUGCGGGGCAUGGGUGUGGUGGCAGGCGCCAUGGUGGGUGUGUCCUUCGGCGUCCUCCUCAUCAUCCUCAUCAUCUGGCUGGUGUUCCGCAAGAAGGAGAAGAAGAAAUACGAGGAGGAGGAGACUCCUAAUGAGAUCAGGUAAACACACACACCCAAUCACACACAAACACAUUUAGGUUAGUGUGGUUAAUUUGCAGAUAAUCAAUUACACAGAACAAAAUCAACCAGAAAUAACAAAAAGUAAAUACAUCAACAGAUGGGGUGGGGAAAAACCCUCCCCUAGUUGGUACAAAAAAGGACUUCACUCUGUCCACCAACACAAGUCUACACCACCACCACUUAAACCAGACUGCGUAGCAUCCUCUCUCCAGCCGAUGCAUACCAUCCCCUUUCCUCCAUAUCCCGCCGGUACUGUAGCUCCAGUACAGCCGCACCAUCCCUCACUUCUCAGAGCAGAUUCAAGCAUCCUAAAUUAUGUCUGAUAAUGCUGCUGGCAGUGCUUGUUACAACAGCAGCUAUUUUUGGGGCGAUAGCAGAACAUCUGCGCUGUUGCCUAUUUGCGAGUGUCAGGCUGAAUUAUGCAGGCACAGGGGGAUGGCUGAGCAUCAAUAAUGGAGUGGCACGGCAAGGGAAGGGAUGAGUCACAGAGCAGACAGUCACUACGGUCCUGUUUACAUAUGGAGCAUUAUCGGCGACACACCCACUCGUACACACACACUCACACACACACACACAGUCUAAGAUCAGACUACUGUUUAGAAAAGGUGAGUGGUUGAAAAUGACGUAGUGAUCAUUAAUCGCAUGUCGUUGAUGUGCUGUAGGAACUUAACCUAACUAGGGUUCAUUGUAAGAAGGGGAUACCAGUUAUUCAGCCAUUCAGAGUCCCAUGUAUUUGGCAAGUUACCUCAAAUAAUGAUAUUAUAUAGUUGUGUACUAUUAUUCGUUAUGCAUUGCAUUUAAACCAUUAUAAGUGUGCUUAUAAUGCACUCAUUGUGCAUUAUGUGGAAGGUUUUCAUUUAAUUAAUAUUACCACUUAUUUAAUUGAGUGAGAUUCUUCGAUAUUCUGAGCCACACCUGUCUUUGCCUCUGUGUCAGGGAGGAUGCUGAGGCUCCCAAGGCCAAACUGGUGAAGCCCAACUCUCUCUCCUCAUCCCACUCUGGCAGCUCCCGCUCGGGCACCUCCUCCACCCAAUCCAUGGUCCACACCAGCGCCCCCCGGGGGCCCCGCGCCCGCCUGCCUGCCGUGGCCGCCCUCAAGGAGAACGGCCAGCCCCACAGCUUCCUCCAACAGCCUCCCACCUACACACAAGUGGUCCCCAAAACCCCAGAGCCCCGCACGGCCCCGGCCAAGCCCAGCCCUCCCCCCAAACUGAGCCCCAGGAACCUGGCCCGCAUGGGGGCAACGCCGGUCAUGAUCCCUGCCCAGACCAAGGCCUUCCAGACUGUGUAA